AUGGGAGAGGAGCAUGGGGUGUGUGGUGCUGUUGCCAGUAGUGAUUGCACAGUGCCCCUUGUCCUUGAAUUUGUCCUAUCACUUCCAAUGCCGGUGGUGGCAUGCAGUGUUUGUGAUGAUAGUGACAAGUUUUUCUCAGCAGCACAGUCAAGAAUCCCAUGUGCAAAAGCCAAAUUUUGA